AUGUCAAUUCGAAGAGGUCGUCGUCGCGGAAUAGACUUGAAUUAUGACCUCGAAGAGGAACGAGAACAACAAUUAUCAAAAACUCAACAUUUCAACCCAAUUGUCAGCCCUACACAGACCCAGUAUAAACGCUUGUUGGAGUUAUGGAAAGAGUGCGUGCACCAAAAAACCAGAAAGAUGCGAGCUAACGACAGCCAUAUACCAUUUUGACAGAUUUAAGGACAGUAGUUCAUGUCUACGAGAAAAAGAAGAACUUCCUAAAAUCGGUCGACUAAAGUUGUUCAUGGAAUGUUUCUUUAAAACAUCAGUAGGGUUACUAGAAGCCAAUAUCACGUUGAAGUCUUUACUCAACGCAUGGGGUCUUUUCCGGUCCGCUUACCAAAGAGCAACAUUCAAUGUGAUACCUCAAGAAACAGCAGACGGCGUCCGUAUGGUGAGUUGGUUAUUAUAAUAUCAAGGUACCUUUCUAACAAGAGAUUUAGUACAUCAAAACAGUCUUGCGAGACGAAGGCCUCACUCUUGUUCGUCGACAGAAAUACCUCGCCGAUCAGCUAGAUGUUACUGCGCUACUACAGUUUCUUUGGUGCUUUGACACCUAUCAAUUCUCACAUCCGCGUGAGAGACUACAAUUAAGUUUUAUAUUAUUAUUAAUAAUAUACACUGGCUCGAGAGCUGGUGCGAUCGUUGAAUCCUCGGCAUAUACAGGUAGCUACGAGGCUCUUUGUUACAAGGUAAGACAUGAUUUGAAUCCAUUGGAAAUUUUCAGCGCUAACCUAACUAGGACUUUGAGCUGAUCGGUGUAAGAAGUCAAACAGGCGGGAUGAAACUCCUAUUAAAGGUUCUCUUUCGAUACGAGAAGGGAAAACGAAAUGACGAGUCGAAAGGGCAAAAAUGGGUGACUUUUCAUGAAGACGUCGAAUGCCCAGGCAGAUGCCCUAUUGCCCACUUUCUGGGAUUAGCUUUUGCAGAUAACGUCUUUAUAUCGCUUGAGAAACCAAGCGAUCUCAGGGAUUUGUAUGUUCCGUCACACAAACACAGUAUAACCUUUCCCUUCACGGACACGAAGAAGGAUCUCCUUAUUUUCCGGAACUGCACAACAAAUGGAGUCAUACAUAGCAAACCAAUGACUUAUAACAAGCUUGCUCGUUACCUUGGAGAUCUUGGUUGCCGAUUAGGUUUUCGAGAUCGUUCGAGGACUUACAAUCUACGCCGGGGAACCGCAAAUGCACUGAACGGCAAGUUUAACAAUGUUCUUGAGUAACAGCUCUAAUUUUUUUAUAGGAGAUGUUUCUAUUAGCACAAAUGAGUAUAGUCAAUUAUUAGGACACUCUACAAAGGUCAUGGGUGCUUUUUAUAUUUCGAACAUAUCAGGAAUCGAUGGGCAAAGUAUUCUCAACAAUCAAACGCAACGGAAGGACCAUAUACAACAGUUACGUGGGAUGAGUCUUAACUUGAACCUUUACGCCUCCGUCAUCAACCUUACAACCGAUGACAACCAGUCAAUUAUGAACAACCCAGAAUAUUCUCAGGCUUUGGCAGACGAAGAGGCCAUCAAAACGACGCUCCUGGAGUCGCCACCUCCCGGUGCGGUCGACUUACUAGAACUUAAUGAGUCAUACACAAAAGCAACAGCUCAGCGUAAAAAUCGUUACAGGCGCCUUCAAAACAAAACAGAAAGAGACCGUAGGUCGCGUUCAUUCCAGCAGGCAGACAUAUCAGAGGUGCAAGAACAAAUCAAGAACAGAGAGCUAGGACUUAAACCUGUAUCAGAACACGAGUUCGAUCAGCCAAAGGAAUUCCAAUUCAUUUCGGCAGAUUAUUUCCCACAGCAACAUGCUAUUGCCCAAGCACAGUGGGGGAGUCUAGUUCGAACGGACAGAGAUAUCAAGCUACUAGAAAACCUUUGUUUCAUCAGCAAACCCGAAUCUUUUACUACAUAUUACCCUGGAGAAUCACCGAGCAAUGGUUGCUGCCCUGUAUGCGACAUCGGAAUAGAUACAAUACAUUACCUAAAUCGAGCGUCGCAUAUCCACCGCUGCUUCUUUAAACGUCAUAAACAGAAUAUUUGCCAGGAAUUCAUUCAGGGGACUCCCUCUACAUGCCUGUGGGAAGAUUGCCAAAAUGACCUCAGCACCCAGAAAGGAUUUCUACCACCGGGGUUUGCAAACGAUAUAUCCAAUUCAUUGGAAAGAGAAAUUGCAAGAGCACAUGAAUCAAAGAAGCUUUGUGAUCAGAGGCGUAGAGGCCAACCCAAACUUUCAUCCCUUCCACGGACACGUAAGUCAGUGUCUAAUCACUUACGAAAACACCUUAAAGACGCAACGCGAUGUCAGUGGCAGGAGUGCAAUCUUUGGUGUGACUCAGAGAUCGAUUUGCAACGACAUCUUUUCUCUACACACCGAGUCGAUAUUAAACAAGCUGCAUUCAUACCACAAUUCUGUUUUCAGCACCCAGCUUGUGGAUGGUUUCUCGAUGAAAUCAAUUGGGAGAAUCACUGCGAACUGCACUUGGAAAAAGCGCCCAAAAGCUGCAAGCUGGAAAAGACCGCCUCAGGCACAAUCAUAGCUGGCAUACAGUGCCCGCUCUGCAUAGGAGAUGAAUCCAAGCCGGCUUCGAAACGUUUUACACAAUUCAUUGACAUUGGAACAUUUAAUAGACAUCUGGACUUUCAUGAGAAGAAAUGGGAGAAUCCAACGGUUUGCAGGAUUCCGGCUUGCAAGAGCAUGCAAUUCACAGACUUCACCCAGCUCCAGGUUCCUUUUUUUGAUUGUCAUUCUCUUUCUCCCAAGGGAUAUACACUUGCCCGAGGCCUCUGUAGUCCACCAGAAGAGGAAAAGGACGACAAAAAAGAAGAUGAUCGAGACAAAUCAAGCGAAGAAGAUCAGAGCGCUUUAUGGGGGUCAAGCGAUCCGGAGUGUGAUAAUAUAUUGGGAAGUGUUGGUUUUUUAGGUAAAAAUAAGAAGAGGCAGAGAGGUGUUUCUGGGCCAGAUAAACCGCAGAAGAAAAGCAGGUAG